UGCCCGCUAUUUUGAUGUUGUGUCCAUUCCCUGGCUAACAUGAUCCAGAAAGCGCCUUUUGGUGAAGUGUGAUUCGCCUCGCGCCGUGAUGACUUCCAACUUGUUCUAAGUUGUGAUCACCCCUUGCUUGCAUGACACCCCCGCUUCACACCAUUCUUUGACCAGCAUUCCCAGGCCUCCGAUAUCACAACCGCAACGCCUCGUAUUAUCACCUACGUCUUCACUACCAAUUCUCCGACCCCGGACUUUCAUUCAGCCCGCUGGGCCUACCAAUACCAAUAAUGCCAGCUAAGAAGCGCAAAGUCAACUCCGGCCGCGCUGCUUCGACGCGCGAAGCACCAAAGUCGAAGCGCGCCAAAGCCAGCGCCAAAGCAACAUCAACCCAACCCAAGGCAGAAGAAACCACAUCACCGUCCCAGCCAUCCGAGCCCUCGAAGAUGCAAACCCGCUUCACACCCUACCCGCCAUCCAAAGUCUACCGCCUCAUCGAGCCCGGCCCCGUCCUCCUCGUCUCAACUGGCUCUUCUGAUCCUACUUCCUCAGAUCCGAGCAACGACAUCAACCUCAUGACCAUCGGCUUCCACAUGAUGCUGCAGCACGCCUCGCCACCUUUAAUCGCCGUCUGCAUCGGCCCGUGGGACGCCACCUACGCGCGACUCAAGGCCAGCCGGGAAUGUGUGCUGGCCGUGCCGAGCGUCGACAUGGCCGACGUGGUGGUGGAUGUGGGCAACUGUAGCGCGGAUGAUCUUGUUGGUCCUGGUGCCGGCGAGGGUGGGAAUACUAAGAGUGGUAGAAAUAAGUUUGAGAGGUUUGGGUUAACGGCUCUUCCGGCGCGUAAGGUCGGUGCGCCGCUUGUGGCUACUAGUACAGGUACCGGUACCGGUACCCGGGAGGGCGCGGAAGAGAAGGAAGGGAUCAUAGCCAAUGUGGAAUGCGUGGUGGAGGAUGAUGCGAUGGUGGAGAGGUACAAUCUGUGGGUGUUGAAGGUUGUGGCGGCGUGGGUGAAUGAGGAGAGGAUGGUAGCGGGGCAUGCGAAGGGAAUAUUCCAUCAUCGAGGGGACGGGACGUUCACUGUGGAUGGUGAGAGGGUAUUGGAUUUGAGGGACAGGAUGGUCAAGUGGCGCAUGUUCCAGGACUAACUAAUACUAUUCGAUUUUCUUUUUAACGUAAGUGUUGGCCGCAGUUGAAACUUGAGGAGUGCACGGCGGGACGGCCGCCAUAGUAUGUUUGCCAAUUCCAAGCGGUUACUAGCAAUCGCACGUCUUUUAUCUCUCUUAUUAUUACCGAAAUACAGUCGGCGGUUGGAGUGGCCUGGUGUUGGGUACUAGGAGCUUAGUAAGGGCUGUGGACUUGUUGGCGAUUGCGUGCUCAAAAGAGAAAAUGACAACAUCAAGCUUAUAACAUAU